AUGGGUUCGGUCAUGUUUGCUACCGCUUCUGUGAAUUUCCACACCACUACCACCACCACCACCACCACCACCACCCACUGCCGCAGACGACCACACAAUCUCACCGCCACCUUCCCUCCUCCCUCACUCUCACCCAACACAAGGAAGGCUUGCAAGGUCGCCGACGCCUGCUUGCAGUUCAAAAUGGCCUACCGCCUCAUAACCCAAGUCGUCCUCAUCGGCACCCGCGUUCUCGGCCGCUCCUUCGCCGAAGCCUACAAGCAAGCCGCCGCCUCCUCGGCCUACCAACGCGCCCAGGCCCAGUCCGGCAAUGGCACCGCCGGCCGCGCCAGCCUCAGCAGCGGCAUGACCCUCGACGAAGCCUGCAAGAUCCUCAACGUCAAGCCACCACAAAAGGGGGAAGCCAAUAUGGAGGAGGUCAUGGAGCGAUUCAAGCGCUUGUUUGACAACAACGACCCCAAAAAGGGCGGUUCAUUCUACCUGCAGAGCAAGAUCCUGCGCGCGAGGGAAAGGAUCGAGGCCGAGGUGCGCCCACAUAUGGAGAAGGCGGAGCAAGAGGCCGAGGUAAAAGAGGGGUGGAAUCCAAAGCUGUACAAGGAUAAGAAAUAA